AUGAAUCCCUUGACGUGUACUCGAGAUGAGUUUGAUGAAAUGGCCUUUUCCUUGGCAAAACGUGGGAUGGGGUGGCGUCUCCAGAGCAAGAUUGAUUCUUUUGGCCGGAGAGUUCUUUGGUUAGAGGGAACAAGUGCACUUCUACGUAGUGUUGGAGAUGAUGAUGAUGAUGAUGAUAAAAGACUUCUUGUCACUUUUUUUAUUACCUUUAAUGAGUGUUACUGUCAGCCACAGUUACAUUUUUUUCCAGAAUGUCCUUUGGAUGCACAGGAAUUGUGUACCUGGAUGAAAGGAGUCUGCUUUGGUGGUUCUGAUCUAGAGGAGAAGGAACAUCCCAUUGUUUCAAUGACCUUCUGUGAAGAGCUACAGAUGGCGCUAUGGGGAUUGCAUCAGUGUGAUACUACACUGUUAUUAGAGACUGUUUUGGCAGGAGGUGUUCGUGGUAACUUGCUUGAGCUGUUUCUGCAAAGCGUUGGUUCUCUUGUCGGUAUGGGGAAAGAACUUGUACCCUAA